AUGUGGCAGGAUGGGCAUGAUGGGGAGAAUACGAAACAAAAUACUUCUGACAUGACUGCAUUUGUGCAAAACCUUCUCCAGCAAAUGGUGACAAACCAGGUCAUAGAAAGUGAUUUCUUGAGUGAAACUAUGAUACUCUCGGUGAUGCUUGCAUUCUGCAUUUACAUUGUUCGAGACACAUAUAUUUGUUUCCUUAACCUAGUUGUACUUGAUGAGAUGGGGAACCGAAUUGAUGAGUUAGAGCAGAGCAUAAACGACCUUAGAGCUGAGAUGGGCCAAGAGGGUUCUCCUUCUCCUUCGGCCCCAUUGAAGGCAAAGGAUGAAACUAAGUCUGCUCAAGACAGUUAA